AAAGGUUACGAGAGAAUGGCGGCCAACAUGUACCGAGUGGGAGAUUAUGUGUACUUUGAGAACUCCUCCAGCAACCCUUACCUGAUCCGUAGAAUAGAAGAGCUCAACAAGACAGCCAAUGGAAACGUGGAGGCAAAGGUGGUGUGUCUGUUCAGGAGGCGGGACAUCUCAGGCAACCUCAACACCCUGGCCGACAGCAACGCAAGAGAAUUUGAGGAGGAGUCGAAGCAGCCGACACCUUCCGAACAACAGAAACACCAGCUCAAACACAGAGAACUCUUCCUGUCUCGACAGUUCGAAUCCCUACCUGCCACUCACAUACGGGGGAAAUGUAACGUCACCCUCCUCAAUGAAACGGACGUCUUGGCCGGCUACCUGGAGAAAGAGGACUGUUUUUUCUACUCGUUGGUGUUCGACCCCGUCCAGAAGACCCUGCUGGCGGACCAGGGCGAGAUCCGGGUGGGCUCCAAGUACCAGGCAGAGAUCCCCGACAAGCUAGUGGAGGGUGAAUCAGACAACCGGAUCCAGGAGAAGCUGGAGACCAAAGUGUGGGACCCCAACAACCAGCUCAAAGACCCUCAGAUAGACCAGUUCCUGGUGGUGGCAAGGGCUGUAGGGACGUUUGCUCGGGCCCUGGACUGCAGCAGCUCCAUCCGCCAGCCCAGCCUCCACAUGAGUGCAGCUGCAGCCUCCAGAGACAUCACACUGUUCCAUGCUAUGGACACGCUGCAGAAGAACAGCUAUGACCUGGCCAAAGCCAUGUCCACGCUGGUCCCUCAGGGCGGUCCGGUGCUGUGCCGCGAUGAGAUGGAGGAGUGGAGCGCUUCAGAGGCCAUGCUGUUUGAGGAGGCUCUGGAGAAAUACGGCAAGGACUUCAACGACAUCCGCCAGGACUUUCUGCCCUGGAAGUCUCUAGCCAGUGUGGUCCAGUUCUACUACAUGUGGAAGACUACCGACCGCUACAUCCAACAGAAACGACUAAAGGCAGCAGAGGCAGACAGCAAGCUGAAGCAGGUGUACAUCCCCACCUACACCAAACCCAACCCCAACCAGAUCAUGGUGCCUGGCAGCAAGCCUGGAAUGAACGGGGCAGCAGGCUUCCAGAAAGGACUCAGCUGUGAGAGCUGCCACACGGCCCAGUCUCCUCAGUGGUAUGCCUGGGGGCCUCCCAACAUGCAGUGCAGACUGUGCGCCUCCUGCUGGAUCUACUGGAAGAAGUACGGAGGCCUUAAGACCCCCACACAGCUAGAGGGCGCCGCUCGAGCCGGCUCUGAGUCAGGCCCCCGUGGUCACAUGACGCGCCAGGAGGUCCAGGGUUUGUCUCCGUUCACCCGCAACGAGGGUCGCGCCAAGCUGCUGGCCAAGAACCGCCAGACGUUCAUCCUGCAGACCACCAAGCUGACCCGCAUCGCCCGGCGGGUGUGCGAGGACAUCCUGCAGCCUCGGCGCGCAGCGAGGCGGCCCUACGCCUCCAUCAACGCCAACGCUGUCAAAGCCGAGUGUAUAAUCAGGCUUCCCAAAGCCACAAAAACUCCUCUAAAGACCAAGCUGGUGCCUCGACCGUCUCUGGCCAACAUAGUGAAGGAUUUAGCCAUCUCAGCUCCUCUGAAACUGAAGGCCUCCAGAGCCCCGACACCAAUCAACAGGAACCAGGCCAGCCAGCCCCGCGUGGGCCAAAGCCUGCUGGGAAAGAGAGGUAUUGCACACACGACAGCGUUAGCUUCAGGGGUGCCCUACCCGGCCAAUGGGAGGCCGUACACUUCAGGUAUGAGGACCACCUCUCAGUCGGUCAUCAAGCGGCAGAAGGUCAGCCAGGGUGAGGCGCCCAACCCUGUGGUGUUUGUGGCUACAAAGGACACCAGGGCUCUGAGGAAACAUCUGACCCAGUCAGAGAUGCGCCGGGCAGCGAGGAAACCUCAUCUCCUGGUCCGGAUCAAACUGACGCCGCCACCCCGCUCGCUGGCCAUGCCCCUGCUCCCCUCCAGCACCAGCGAACCCAUCGUCCUUGAGGACUAAUGGGUGGAGGGACAUGGAGGAGGAGGGGGUCUUUUACCAGGACAUGGGGGUCGGGUCAGGGAGGGUCUGUGCUCAGGCCGUCACUUAACAGGCAGCACAGUAUGCCAUACCAGUAGUCUUUUAUUUCCCUCUUUUCUUUUGUCCUCUGUUACUUCCCAAACGGUGAUGUGUCACACACACAAACACACACAAACACACACACAGCGCACACACAAGCACUUAGAUGACUGUACAUUUCCAUCACACACACACACACACACACACACACACACACACACACACACACACAUAGACAUGCCGACUCUCACACAACACCUUUGGCUUUGUAGUAUUUUAUUCCAGAUCCUGAAUCCUUUUCACCGCGCCUGUUUUUUAAAUGUGUAAUUUAAAUUGAGAUACGUCUCAUCCUGAAAACAACGGUGUUAAAGCACACUUUGUGUUUUUUUUCCCUCCGCGACGUCUCUAUCUUUGUGUAAAUAAACGCACCGUUGUAAGGGGAUGAAGCCCGCAGUAUGUGAGGAGGGGGGGAGGGGGGGGGGUCUAAUUUGAUGAGAAAAUGUCAUUCCAGCAGGGACAAAUCUGACUGGCUGUUAAUCGUAGCUCACUGACUGCUCCUGUUCACUGGAGAGGGCGAGGGCACACGUUGAGCUGUCCUCAGUCUGAUCACACAGUGUUUGUUGUCUGUCGCUUGACAACUUUUCCCUUCAUCAGCCAGGAGCCCAAACAGUUCUAGGGGUUAAUACACCCGAGAGGUCCAGUCCUCCUCACCUCAGAGACAAAUAUACUGAGUGAGCACAAAACAACUAGAGCUGUGUGAAAGUCAAGGGGUGUGUGCGUGCGUGUGUGUGUGUGUGUGUGCAGACAGUGAUAUUUUAACAGUUCCUAUCACUCGUACAAAAUCAGUGUGCCACCCAGUUACCAUUAUGGUCUUUAUAGAUGAAUCUGCUGAUGAUUUGUAAUGAAUUAAUCAAAUAAUGUCUAUCACAAUUCUCCAAAGCCAAAUGGGGCAUCUUCAAAUUGCUUGUUUUAACCAAUUAAUACUCCAAAACACAAAUACAAACAAAGAUUCAGUCAUGAAAUUAGUUGAAGUUAAUCUGGUCCUAACAGCCACACGAUAUUCAACUCAAUUUAAUGACAAACGGGUGAAAAACAUGCACCAAGUAUCUUUAUAAAGCCUGAGCUGACACGUACGAUGUACUCAUCCUGACUUAACUGUUCACAUUGGUUUUGUGCUCACUUGAUAUUUUUAUUACUAAUUAACUCUCUGUAUCGUCUCCUUUCCAGACAUCACAGUAGCCACUAAAAAAACAAAACAGAAUGAGGGUUGCUUUCGCAGUCGAGCCGCUGCAUUUGGUCUUUUGUCUCCGCAUUUGGUUUGGUCGGUCCCGUGUUUCUAAGGCCACUUUUAUCUGAAGAGAGGAGGCGGCUCCAGUUCUUUGACCUCAGCCUGCUACGUUUGAACAGGCUGCCUGGAAUCAAAGGGGAAGGGGUCAUCGCUAACAGUGUAGGACGGAUCAUGUAUAGUGUCUGAGGAAAUUCAAAUGAUUGUGGUUGCUGUGUGACUUGCCAUGCUGAGAGAACACAUCAGGCUUUGAGGUACUAUGUUCGAGAAUGCAAAAAGUCCAAAAUGAAGCCAUAAUGUGUAAAAAUAGAAAAUAAAUAAAUUGACGUCCAUCUUGGACACUUUUAACCCUGGGGUCAUGUUAGAUUACAGCCUCAGCAUUUCUGACAAUGUUUGGUUGGUUUGAAGGAAACUGGCGCAGUUAUGUUGCUGGUCAGUUGAUAAAAGUCUGUUAAAAAAAAAAAAGCAGCAAUAUGUAAAUGUAUGAAUGGCAAUUGGGGCCAAAAAUAAGGUUCUGGAAUAAUGUUGCAAAAAGAGUGAGGUUAAAGUUGUACUUUGUCUCUGAGUAUGGAUCCAUUCAGAACUCUUCACACGGCCUGUUCUGUAAAUGCCUGACGAUGCAGAACACAAUGAUUGGUCGUCACGUCUUCAGCUUGUCUCAGUGUGAUCUCAUUUCCUUUGUCUAUUUCGGUUCCCCCCGUUUGUACGGUUAUGAAAGGGUGAGUACUAAAAGAAAGUUGUCAAUUGGAUGAUUAUAAUCCCCGUGAAUCCCCCCAGCUCAGAGGGCUUACACAGGUUUUAUAAGCAAGUUUGGUCCCAAUGUGGGCUUUGUAAUAUUUCUCCAAAAAAGAAAUUUGAAGUGUCGAGUUUGUAGCAAAUACUAAUCCGUGUAAAAGACAAAGUGGAGAACUGUCAUAUUUUAAACUUUUUUACAUCCAAAGUGUGUAAUUCUGCUCCGUUAUUGUGGAGAUGGCUCAACUAGGCUACUGUACAUGUGAAACAUUUCUCUCCUUCAUGGGGUGGGGGGUGGGGGGGGUCAUUUGAACCAGGGGCGACAUUCAAAAGGGACAGGGUGCUGAUUUUUGUAUGAUGGAGAGACAAAACAUGCUACAAACUGAAACUUUUUCUCAAGUGUUUUUUAUUCCGACGUCUCUGUAUCCUUUAAUGUAUCUUGAUAAGAAAAGAAAUAAAGAUUUUUUUUUUCUUCGUGGUCA